UGCUUUUCUUACUUGCUCAUGUGAAACUUGCCUGAACAACCCAUGAAAUUCUGGCUUAUGCCUCGUUCGUUCGUUUUAAUCUCUUCUUUUUUCGGUGAAAGUGAGUAUUGUUAGGAUAAUUAGAUUAGCACACUGGCCCUGGGUUGAACCUUCUUGGCUUCAUUCAUUUUAAUCUUAAUGACUUACUCGUAAAUGGUUAAACAAUUUUCAAGUUCUUCUUUGCCUUUCACGGUGUGUUUUUUUUCUUCUUCUCUAUCUCUCUUCUGUUCCUGGCAUUUCUUAUACUUGCUAAUGUGAGUAGUAUCAGUUAAUGGGUUUGUUUGUUUUCCUCUUUAUUGAUAUGGGUUUUUCUCUUUUCUUUAAAGGAAAAAAAUCAUGUUCUUGUUUUUUUUUGGUUCCUGGGUAUUGGGCUUUUACUCUCAGGUAAAGGUGCUGUCACUUUAGCAUUUAUUUUCCCUGUACUUUCCCAUUGUAUGGCUUUGCAUUUGUUAACGUUUGAGGCAGGUAUUGGGUUUGUUGAAGCUUGAAUGCUGCUAUAUUACUGCUACUCUUUCCUCUACCUCCAUUGUUUGGGUUUAUUUGCCACUCUUCUCAUGGGCCUUGGUUUUUUAAGUUUUGGGUUUUAAUCUAUAAAAUUUUGAUAGUUUGUGUAGUAUAUCUUCCUCCUUCGCGACUUCAUGGAAGAGAGUAUCGAUUGAGUAUUCGUUUUGGGGAGCUUUAGCGUUUGUACUUAUUAGAGUUUAGACAUUUAGAUUUGGUCCAUCUAGUCAGUUUAGCCCGUUUAGUCUGUCUAGUCCGUUUAAUCCAUGUCCAUUUAGAAAACAGUUCUCUCGCUAUUUUCAUUUGAUGACUCAUUUCUUUUUCUACUGCAGAUUUCUCUCCCUUAGUUGAUAAGAAAGGUGACCCAUGUUCUCUUUUGCAGUUAUUUUCUUUGGUUUUCGUCUUUUGGUUAUCUACAUUGCAAUUGUAUUUGGAUGCAAGCUGAUUUUAUAGGGAUUUAAUUUUCAAGACUUUCUGCAAAAUAGAAGACAUCAGACAAAGGGUUGGAUUGUUUGUAAUUUGGCUUUUCUUCCCUUUUUAAUUAGAACAAUUAGUUGAGUAACUUAAAGGAUGGGGGAUCAUUUUGCUUUGCUGGUGGAUCAGUUGCUUACUGAAUCCACACUUCAAGCAGUUAUUGAGAGCAGAAAGCAAUUGGAGCAAGCCAUGCCCUCGACGAGUGAAGAUGUGGUUAACGAUUUUCAUUCCUAUAGGGUGGCUAUAGAUAGUGGAUCAUUACCAAGGAAAUUGGUUGAAUGUAAAAUUUGCCAGGAUGAGGAUGAGGACUCGAAUAUGGAGAUACCUUGUUCAUGCCGGGGCAGCUUGAAGUAUGCCCACCGUAAAUGCGUUCAAAGAUGGUGCGAUGAGAAAGGAGACAUUGUUUGUGAGAUUUGCCACCAGCAGUUCGAGCCAGGAUACAUAGCGCCACCUCCUCUUUUUCAUUGUGGUGGUACACCAAUGAACUUCAGGGGAAACUGGGAGGUUUCAAGCAGGGACAUUGAUCCUCCCUUUAUCGAUAUGGUUGCUACUGACCGCAUCUUUCUGCAUUCAGACUUGGAUGACUAUUCACCACCCACAUCAAUAAGCCUGAUAUGUUGUCGCGUGGUAGCUAUGAUAUUCAUGGUCCUUCUGGUUUUACGCCAUACUCUACCAAUCAUAACUAGUGAAGCUGGAAAUUACACAAUUACCUUGGUCAUGCUACUGAUGUUGAGAACCAUUGGGAUCCUUUUGCCUAUUUACAUCAUGGGUAAAGCAUUUACUGCUAUCCAGCAUCGUCGACACCAACAGGAAGUUCGCAACUCCCCUCUUGCUACAUCAGAUGAAGAAAAUGAACUGCCGUGACUGCAGCCUCAGCCACGUCUCAUUCAUCUUCGGUAAUUUCUGCAACACUCUUGCUCAAGGGAAAUGUUUUCGUACAAUCCAAUGCGAGAGUAUACGUUCUUUGUGGUCCAGAUGGUGUAGACGUAAAGAGAUGCAUCUGUAAUGAACCCCUAAGAUCGUUUAGCGAAGGGAAAUGAUCAACUGUAAAUACAAGUACCACUUUAGAAACAAAGUGAAAAAAGGAGUGGCAAAACUGAUGGACAAAUGCGCAGAAAUAUUUCCACUGUUGCCCAAAGCGCGCAAGGAAAAAAUACUAAUACAAAAGGAAGAGCUUGUAACUAGCAUGUGAGUUUUCAUCAAGUUCAAGUUGCGGAAACAGCCUAUCUGCUUGCGGGGUAAGGCUGCGUACGUCCUCAUGCACUGAGUAGCUUGUUUUAGUAUGCAGUAUCUUUUCCCCA